GGUCGGGUGUGGAGGUGGUUUUAGGGACACCCUGGUGGUUGUCCGUUGCGUGGGCUGUGGGGAACCCUUCCGAUAGCUCCAUGGCCUUUGGUCCUGCCUUCGCGCUGAGGAGGCCUCGUUUCCGAGAUCAGGUCUGACCCAGCCUAUUUUGCCAUCCUUUUAUUCCAUGGUAUGAUGAUUCUUCAGUCCUGGAAAAAGAUGUGUCUAUAAUUCAAAUGAUUCUGUCUUUGGUAUAUUUCAACCCAGGGUCAUUAUAUGUAGCCAAUACUGAUUCAAGUUUUCUUGAAGAUCAAUCAGUUACGGGAUAUGCUGUUAUUUUUUGCUUUGGGAUUGCUCAUACAUUUUGUGUUCUUUGCCUCCAUCUUUGACAUUUAUUUUACAUCUCCGUUGGUUCAUGGAAUGACUCCUCAGAUUACACCAUUGCCUCCUCCAGCAAAAAGAUUAGUGUUGAUUGUUGCCGAUGGCCUUCGAGCAGACACACUUUAUGAACUGGAUGAGAAUGGAAACACUCGAGCACCAUUUAUUAGGAACAUUAUAAUGCAUGAAGGCAGCUGGGGGAUAUCUCAUACACGGGUGCCAACAGAAUCUCGGCCAGGUCAUGUAGCCUUGAUAGCUGGGUUUUAUGAAGAUGUCAGUGCAGUUGCCAAAGGAUGGAAAGAAAACCCUGUAGAAUUUGAUUCUCUUUUUAAUGAAAGCAAGUACACAUGGAGCUGGGGAAGCCCAGAUAUCUUGCCUAUGUUUGCCAAAGGUGCUAGUGGAGACCAUGUUUAUACAUACAGUUACAAUGCUGAAAGAGAAGAUUUUGGUUCCCAGGAUGCAACAAAACUGGAUUCCUGGGUUUUUGACAGUGUUAAGGACUUCUUUCAUGCUGCCAGGAAGAACCAAACUUUAUUUUCUAAAGUAAAUGAAGAAAAAACAGUUUUUUUCUUACACUUACUAGGAAUAGAUACAAAUGGACAUGCUCACCGACCAUCAUCAAGAGAAUAUAAGGAUAAUAUUAAAAAAGUUGAUGAUGGAGUGAAAGAAAUUGUGUCUAUGUUUAAACAUUUUUAUGGAAAUGACGGAAAAACAGCAUUUAUCUUUACCUCUGACCAUGGAAUGACAGCCUGGGGUUCCCAUGGAGCUGGUCAUCCUUCAGAGACUUUAACUCCAUUAGUCACUUGGGGAGCUGGAAUCAAGUAUCCACAGAAAGUAUCAGCUCAGCAAUUUAAUGAUGAAUUCUUGAAAGAAUGGAGAUUGGAGAAUUGGAAGAGACGGGAUGUCAAUCAGGCUGAUAUUGCACCAUUGAUGGCUUCCCUUAUUGGAGUUCCCUUUCCUCUUAAUUCAGUGGGAACCCUUCCUGUAGACUAUCUUAACAACACUGAUCUCUUCAAGGCAGAAAGCAUGCUUACCAAUGCACUACAGAUUCUAGAACAGUUCAAGGUGAAGAUGACUCAGAAAAAAGAAGCUACUUUACCAUUUUUGUUUACACCAUUUAAGUUACUCUCAGAGUCUGAACAACUGAACAUUUUAAGAAAAGCAAGAUUUUUUAUGAAGCAGGAGCAGUUUGCAGAAGUGGUCUACCUUUGCAAGGAGCUGAUUGAUCGUGCGCUGAAAGGACUGUCAUAUUAUCACACUUACGACAGAUUCUUUUUGGGCAUCAGUGUUGUCAUUGGUUUUGUGGGAUGGAUAUCAUAUGCUUCUUUGUUGAUCAUCAAGUCUCAUUCCAACUUUAUAAGAGAUGUUAGUAAACCAGUUAAGAAACCAAACCACCUCCUGUCAAGUAGUUUUGUAGCUAUUGGAGUUUUGGUGAUAUUUUUCCUGCUGAUUCAAGCCUGUCCCUGGACUUACUAUGUAUAUUGUUUAUUGCCAGUGCCAAUAUGGUAUGCAGUUCUAAGAGAAUUUCAAGUUAUUCAAGACCUUGUUACAUCACUGCUAACUUUUCCUCUGAGCCAGUUGGUUGGGUACUUGUUCAUCUUUACCUUGGGAAUCGAAGUGUUAGUUCUCAGUUUUUUCCACCGCUACAUGCUUACAGCAGGACUCACUGCAUUUGCAACUUGGCCAUUUUUCACUCAUCUGUGGACUCGAGCAAAGAUUACCUCCUUUUGUUGGACUUUCUUCUCUUUGCUUCUGGCAGUGUUCCCGCUGAUGCCUGUUGUAGGUCGAAAGCCGGAUAUAUCUCUAGUAAUGAGUGCUGGCUUGCUGGUUCUUCUACUAUCCCUAUUUGUUGUAAUAUCUCUCAUAAAAAGAAAAACUAAUUUGGUAGAAGAAGAACUCUUGGUGUAUCUGUUACAGAUGCUGAGCAUAGUGCUUUCCAUGUAUGUUGUAUACAGCACCCAUAGUAGUCUAUUCAAGAAACAAGGACUACCUCUUCCAAAUCAGAUUGUGAGUUGGGCAAUAUUAGCCUCCUCCUUUGUUGUGCCUCUGCUGAGCUCCACAGCUCUCGUUCAGAGACUGUGUAGCAUACUUCUUUCCUUGAUGGCUACCUACCUACUUCUAAGCACAGGAUAUGAAGCUCUAUUUCCACUGGUGUUGUCCUUUUUGAUGUUUUUCUGGAUACAUAUGGAACAAGAAACCCUACAACAAUCUGGUGUGUCCUGUAAACGGCAGCUCAACAGUAUCCAGUUCUCUUAUAACACUGACAUAGCUCAGUUUCGGCAGCUUCAUCUGGAUGACAUCCGUAGAGCCUUUUUCCUUGUUUUCUUCCUAGUGACAGCAUUUUUUGGAACUGGAAAUAUAGCUUCAAUUAACAGCUUUGAUCUUGCCUCGGUGUAUUGUUUUCUGACUGUGUUUAAUCCUUUCAUGAUGGGAGCCCUGAUGAUGUGGAAGAUUUUAAUUCCUUUCCUCCUUGUGAUGUGUGCAUUUGAAGCAGUUCAAUUAACUACACAGUUAUCAUCAAAAAGCCUUUUUCUCAUUGUUCUCAUCAUAUCAGACAUUAUGGCUUUGCAUUUUUUCUUCUUGGUCAAGGAUUAUGGCAGCUGGCUUGAUAUUGGAACAAGCAUCAGCCACUAUGUGAUUGUUAUGUCCAUGACCAUCUUUCUGGUGUUUCUCAAUGGCUUGGCCCAGCUUCUCACAACAAAGAAACUUACAUUAUAUGGCAAACCCAAAAGCCAUCUUGUAUGAUGUUGUUGAAGCCAUCAUUCAGUAUCCAGAUCCUGUUCCUCCUUCACCUUGGAAACUAAAGUCCCAUCAAGGAUUUUUGGAUGGAUUUUGAUGCAUCUUUUACUGCUUGUUGUAGGGAAAAUUAUAUUUUGAAUUUUAAAUGUGCAGGUUAUCUGAGAUAAAGGAGGCUCCUUUUCUCAGACAUGAAGUCAUGCUUCUAUCUCUGGAAAAGCACAGUAAAGUAUUCACUUUCAUUGCUUUUCUUUUGGCUGGCAGCUCUUCUCUGUGAUGCUUCAGAGCACUGCAGCAGUGUGAUCCUCACAGUACAGCUUUCCCUGGGCCCCCCCACGUGCACCUCUGGGGCAGGGCCUAUGGCAUUCAAACUAAUAGCUGUACUGGCCGAGCUUGAAGGGAAUCACCAGGUGGCACCAUAAAUAUCUGUCAGCUUGCAACACUGGUUUUUUAUAGUUCUAACUAUUUGGCAAUAUUACUACAAUGACAGUAAGGGUGUGCUGUUUCAAGUUUACUAAAGCUUUGAUAGCAAAACCUUUGGCAGAUGUUUGUCAGUUUUCUUUGGCAUGAAGUAAUCGUAUCUUUGCUUAAAUGCUGCUCCUAUGAUUUUCAUAGUCAACCAGCUAGAUGCAGGUUUUAACCUUCAUGUUUUCUGGAUUACCAUGGAAUUUCUGGGAGUAGGAGUACAAGAUGCUUGCUAUUUGUGGCCUGUGUUCAUG